UCAACACAAGUUUGGGCGAGGCGGCCAUAGAGAGUUCCGGGUCGGGACAAUCGCGGAAAGCAGCGUCCGAGAGUUAUGGAGAGUGGCGGAGGCGCCUACGGAGCCGCUAAAGCGGGCGGCACGUUUGACCCGUGGCGUUUCUUGCACCAGCCACAGGUCAUUGCACGCAUUUUGAGCGCGGUGUUUGCACUCAUUGUCUUCUCCUGCAUCAUUGCGGAAGGUUACACCAACACCCACGCUUCUGACAAUCUUUACUGCAUCUUUAAUCAUAAUGAGGAUGCCUGUCGUUAUGGUAUCGGCAUUGGCGUGGUUGCCUUCCUGGCUUGUGUAUUUUUCUUUAUGGUUGACAUCUACUUCCCACAGAUCAGCAACGCCACUGAUCGCAAGUACCUUGUUAUGGCCGACUUAGCCUUCUCAGGUCUUUGGACAUUUUUGUGGUUUAUUGGCUUCUGUGUGCUGACAAACCAGUGGGCAUCAACAAAGCCCGAAGAUGUAAAAAUUGGAGCUGAUUCUGCCCGUGCGUCGAUUGCCUUCAGUUUCUUCUCCAUUUUUUCAUGGGGAUUCCUGAUUGCCUUUGCACUUCAGCAUUACCGUAUGGGCGUCCAAGAUUUUGACCACAGUUACAUUGACCCAGCUCCAGGUCCUGUGCCUCCAUACUCCAGUUACCCCAAUGUCAGUCAUGAGAGCUACCAGCAGCCACCCUUCACUCGCACUCCAGAGAACUCUGAAGGCUACCAGCCUCCACCUGUGUACUGAUUGCUACUAACACUGUUCAAAGCAGCUGGCAGGGAUAGCCACCCUAGUGCAAUGUAUUCAUUUAUUGGGGUGGGAACUGUGUCUACUGUGAAACGUAAGGGUGCCGCAACCAAGAGGGUGUGUUGUGCAUGUAUAUGUAUUGGGUUCUGGGAUAUUCUGUCAUUUUAAACUAUUUCCAAAACUUGCUUCUUGCAGAAAAAGCUUUCUUUCGAGGGCACAGGAAGCUUGCUUUCUGUCCUGUGUGUGACUUGCAAGGAAUUAUUAAUUGCUGAAGUGGCAUUGACUGCUUGGUUUUCUUGCCGCUGCAGCUAACUCUGCUGCUUGCUGAAAAUAGCUAGAGGCAUUCUGCAGGAAAGGAAGACUGCACUUCUACUGUACUUGCCCCAGUGGAAUCCUUGCUGCUGCUGUUCAAGUGGCAAUCUGCCCAGUGCUGUUACACCUGUGCCUUGGUGUGCUUGCUGAUUUUGACCAUUCCAGGCCCCAGAUGGGUCUGGUGCUCCUGUGGCUGUGGUGCUGCCCUUCUACACUAAUACAUCUGCAGUGCUUUCCUUCUGUCAUUUCAGCUGCUGAUACCAAAGCCAAUUAAAAGUGUUUGUAGAUAAAGCUUUGGACAUUCUGCAUUAGUGAUUCAAUUGGAUUUACCUAUCUCAUACCUUUUCUUUGGUUCAAAGUGGGAAGGACCUGGCUCCUUGAAGCCUGUGAGACCUGUUCUAGUAGUGACCUACAGGUCCUCAAUAAUUUACUAAAGGAAGAUAAACUCACCUUUACAAAGCUUCCCUAAAUCACUAACAGUAGGAAUGUGCAUGAAAUGGAAAAUAGGUUGUUUUGAACCUUUGUAUUCUAGAAGCUCAGAACCUUUGGAUAGGCAGAAGCAAUAGCCACAAUACUUGUUCUGCAUUUUGAUCAAAGCAAAAUCCAGAGGAUUUUUCAGGCAAAUGGAGUAAUAGGCAUGUUGCCCUUCUUCCCCCCGCCCCUGGCUUGGGCACUAGCCGCCCUUUGAGUGCCCACUCUUCUUUCCCUCCUCUCAACUACAGUCAGUGCCAAAGCAUGGCAUGUCCCAUCACCUCACUUGCCCUGAUCUUCCCAGCAUCUCACAUCCCCUGCCCCAAAGCACUGCAGAUCCCCCCCACAAUCUUUGCAGUACCUUCCCUUCCUCCCUGAUGUGACUGCCAGCCUCUGCAUGUGGCACCUCUUACCCCAUCCCAAACCAUCUAUAUUUCAGUCCACACCUGGAACAAAACAGACCCCAUUUUAGUGUAUAUACAGACCAAAACAUCCAAAAUUGGUGUAUUUGAGUUCAGGCCCCUAAAAAUGGCUGUUCUGUACACCAAAUGUUUUACACAUCCCCAUUAACAAGCAUUUCAGAUAAUGGCCUUUUUGUAUCCAUAGCCUGUGGCUGUUGACACUGCUGUUUCCUAAUUGCCAAACUUCGUGCAUUUAGUCUCACAAAUGCUGCAGUCUUUGGGCGUGAAGUGUUUAAAAUCUUUUGUCGUAGUAGAAGCUACAUUAUUUGCAUCCCUUAGAAUGUAUGAAUUUUGCUGUACCCUUCUAUAAUUUUAGGGGAGAGGAUGAAUACUUUGAUUCAGAGGGAUUAAUAGCUGGGCAAGGGUAUACUGUCUAUAGAAAAACAGUGGAGUUUUUAAACAGCAUGAGACCUUUUAGGCUAGCCUUUAUUGCCUGAGCUGCUUUUUGUCUGGAAAAAACAACACACUAGUAGUUUAUAUGCCUGGAUUUAUAUUCCUUAUGUAGUUUUUGUGUGAAGAUAAUCUGUACUGUUUAGAAAUAGCUAGGGUAAGACUAUUGGCAGUAGUUAGUUUUAAGCUUCCCAGGGAAAACGAUUUUGGCACUUUCAGCUUUAACUCCCCUUCACUGAAUGUCAUACAUAUAACCUUUUCCCUGCUAGUGGCUCUAAGUCACUUUAUUAUUAUUAGGGCAAUAUAAUGCCUGUUACAGCAACACAAAGUGGCUGGAUAACUCUAGAAGACAUUUUAAGUCAACAGUGAGGAUCUUGUCAUGCUGAACUGUUUAAGAUUAGCUGCAUAGCUAUCUGGUACUAUCUUUUGCAGUAAAAUUAAUCUCACUUUAAGUUUUAUUUGUAAGGUCUAAAUAAAACGUAAAAGUGAGAUUUUUAUUUAUUCAAUGCAUCAUUAGUUAAAAUCAACCCUUCAAUUACCACUGCAGAAGACAGUACCCCUUCUGCUCCUGAGAGAACAGAAGCAGGACACUCUGAGGACGUUUCCAGUGCAAAAGGAUUAAAUUUACUCAAAUAGAGGAAGUGCUGAUAUUCAUCACAGCAGUAAAACCAAAAUGCUAGACAGUAUACUAGAAAGUACAUAAAGCAGGAAUAUAUUAUAUAAACAAUGACUGAUAUAUUAGUAGCCAGUUUAAUAAAUUAGGAAAGCAAAAGUUGUAGAAAAUAGAUUUAAGUCAAUAAUGCAAGGAGUCAAAUCUCUACACAGAAAGGUUAGACAGCAAUUAAAGGCCUGAUACACUUUCUCCAGCCCUUACAAUUAUUCUGUAAGUUAGCAAGUCUCUACAGCUACUUUGCAUAUCCCAGAUGUUUAAUUACAGGCAGAUACAGAGUACCAAAUAUGUAUUUUGUUCAGUUAGCCUAUUCAGUCUUUAAAGCCCAACAGCCUGCUCCACUGUCAGCAAACUACCUAUUGAAUAAAGUAAGGAUUUCCACCACCCCCCAAAAAACCUGAUUUCAUGGAUUUGGAGAAAUGAUGUUUCAGUUUCAUAGUGCAACCCGCUGUUAAUAAAUGUCGCCUACCUCAGCUAUUGUGGCCGUUAAAACUCUGAAUUAAACCGUUUGGGGAAGUUUUGUGCAAGAGGAAAUGCCACUAAUGACAUUACAAAAUCUUCCCCCUAGAGACUAAAGAACCAGUGCAUCAGUCUGCAGCUCUUAGCAUAGAACAUCCACAUUCAUAGCAUGUUACAGUAUCCUCAAGCGUUGUUGCUCCUCAUAAAAACAACUCUUUCUGGUGUCUUGGAGGAACAUCAGUUUAACAAUAUAAAGAAGGCCAGGAUUGUUUCUCUUAAAUCCACCUAGGAAUUGGAUCCCUUGCUUCCUUUCUUUAAUUAGAUGGACUCCAUUGCAUGAUCUGAUGGGUAGACAAGACUUUUCUGGAGGUAUUAAUGUUCAGCUGUUUAUUCCCACCUGGUAGGUUCUCUUUGUUUUCAGAUGUCAACUGUUGGUUCUUGAAAUAGCAGGCCCGGCAGACUGAGUGAUAUUUGUCUGCCCCUCCUAUUACUUCCACCUAGUAGGAUAAGGAGGAAAUUUAAAAGUAAAACAUUCUGCUGUUCUUGAUCCAUAACAGGCACACUUCUCACACAGGUAGAUGGGAAUCCUUUAAAGAAAGGGAAAGCUCUAACUGCAGUCUUACCUCUUUCUCUGUUCCCAGCCUUUUUGUAUAAGAGGCCUCACGAUAACACUCCAUACAAACAGCGUUUAGUUUCACCACACACUCUGCUAAGGGGACUAGCUGUAAGAUGUUCCCAAAAGCCUGCAGUGAAACCAUGAGAUACUUUGUAGAUCUGGGGCAUAAACUAUCCAGGAAAUACAAUUAGGAAUUUAAAGUAAUUUACCUUCCUCUGAAACGUUCCAUCAAGGGCUGCCACAAUGACAGUUUUCCCUUCAUUGGCCAUUGUCUCACAAAACUCAAUUAUAUCUGGAAACUAAUUGGGAAAAUUAAAAAUGCACCGUUCCUUCAUACCACAGUCUUAGAAACGAUGUCUGGGACACCAUCAUUUUGUUAUGAAUAAAGUUAGUGAUGUUCUUCCCAAAAGCUAAGAAUUCUGCUGCUGAAGAUCUAUUUAGUUCACCAUUCUGUUCCGACUGGUACAUCAAAUGCCUCUAGGAAGCUCACAAGCAGGACAGGAGGUCAACACAGCCUCCCACUGAUCUUCCCCAGCAAUUAGUAUUUCAGAUUACUAAAGGUACUUGUAUAAGUUAUCCCCCAUAAACAGCUCUAAUCCUCUUUUAAAUAUUUCCCUUUUUUUGCAAUUCUAUCAUUCAGCUUAAUUUCUAGGUCUUACAGUUCAAAAGAAUGAACUUGCACACUUCUACAUUAUCCCCCCAUUCAACCUCUUUCUUACCAAAAGAGAGCCAAAUUGUAUACAUCUGAGGGGUUUGUGUGCUUUUUUUAACCCUAUGAUGCUCUUUUUGAGAUGAAUUGAUCAAAAUUCUACUUGUACUUCCAAGUCUGGUUGCACUCUCAAUUUGUUUAUAGAUUAUGACAUUAGAAGCAUUUAUACGGUAUUCAUAGCACAAUCUUAACCAUUUGCUAAGAACCAAGUCCUACUGAGUUUACUGGGGCUUACCUGCCAGGCUAAGCAGGCAUAGGACUGAAUUUUAACUAUUCACAUUUAAAAUCAAGGCAAGAGAAUAUAAGGAUCUAUCAUAUUGUCACUGUUGCUCAAUAUGUCUUCUCAGAAGUAAUCUCAAUGAACAAAAUGGGUCUUACCCUACAUAAGCGUGUAUAGAAUUACGAUCCAAACCUCUGUUAAGCAUGGAAACAAUUAUUAGUACUUGACAGUUCAUUUAAACGUUCAGGUGUAAUAUAAAAACUUACAAACUGGCCUUCAUCAAUGCCAACCACAGCAGAAUUGAGAGCCUCCUGCUGUACAUCUUUGAGGUAACAAGCUGACAUGGCCUCCAUGGUGUUUCUGUGCAGAAAAACAGUAAGUAUCUGUUGCAGGGUAAAAACCUAUUUAAGGGUAAUUAUUUCCAAAUGCCAAAUCCUGCAGAUUCUCUUUUAAGACAGUUCUUUGAAUCCUAAAUACCAUGUGAUAGCAAACAUUUCACUGAAGAUAGUUUCAAAUAAAAGAUGUAGAAAAAUG